AUGAAGUCAGGGUUCCCUCGCAAGCGGGCCGUUCAGGCUUGUCGCAUGUGUCGGCACCGGAGGACAAAAUGUGACAAUGCCCGGCCGUCUUGCUCGAUGUGUCUUACUCUGGAGGUAGAGUGUGUCUAUGGUGAUAAGAAUGACAGCCUGGAUCCUGGUAGUCUAGCAAUUUUGAAACGCCUUGAUGGUUUAGAGCAGCUCAUUCGUGCUAGCAAGACUGAAGAUUUAUCUAUCACCCCAGGCGGUGGAGGGCCAUCAUCUCGAGAGUCUUCUUCCAAGUUCGGCAACUCACCAUCGAACCUAAAUUAUCCAGCCCCAAGACAUCUUGCUGAUACUGCCGAGUAUCGCUACCAUGUCAAUGUCGAAUCGAUGCUUCAGUGGCCAGUAUUUGAAAAUCAGAAUAUUGAUCAACGCGCCAAUUUGAAAUGCCUUUUUCAUCCGAUGGGCGAGAUAAAUAGAGAGCUACAGUGGUCUCCAUCUGAUCCGGAUCUCCAAACCGAAGAAGUUGACAACGCGUUGCAUAGCUUUUUCGAUCAUGUGCAUAUUUUCAAUCCGAUCUUUGAGGAGAUGAAACUCACUGAGCAGUUGCAAAAUGUACGAUUGAAUGGCUUGGGAUGGAACCCCGAGUCAUGCUUAAUUCUCCUGACUUGUGCUGUGGGACUUGUUUCUUGCUCUCAAGAAAUGGAUCCGGCCGACUCUUCGAUGAUGUUCCGCCGCUCGGAGACCUUCCAACUUGCAGAGUCAUUCUUUUUCUCGGCACAGAAAAGAAUGGGACCUCUUCUGACUGAGAGGACCGCUAUAGGAGCCCAAUGUUUCUAUAUGGCGGGAUAUUACUUGGCAACGACGAUGAGGCCAUUAGAAGCCUGGAAAUUGCUGAACCAGUCUCUCUCCUGCUGUCAAACGCACCGUCGUUGGGAUAGCACUGCUACCGAAGAUGAGCAACGUAGAAGUCGGCUACAACAGAGGACAUAUUGGGCUACUUUCAAGUCUGAACUGGAGAUCUGCCUUGAACUGGACCUUGCACAAGACAGCAUCAACAAUCUUGCUUAUCCAACUUUCUUCCCGUCACCGCCAGAGUGCCUAGAAACUGAACUAAGAGUCGGUUGGUACUUCUACCUUUCGGAUAUUGCCAUUCGUAGGCUCAAGAACCGAUGCUUGAACUACAUUUAUCAAUGCGAACGAUCACAAACAUCUACAGCAGAUAUGGUGGAAGAGAUCAUAAACUUGGAAAAGGAAGCGGAAGAACUAUCUACCAUGCUGCCUGCUGAAUUGAGAGGUGGUACCCAAGAUAUCGAAGAUCAGUUUCACUAUCCUAGAUCUACUAUCGCGAAGAUGCGAGUUGAGCUUCAGAUGCACCUACUUGACUGCUACGAGAUUAUGUAUUGGCCAUUUGCAGUCAACAUCAUUUCUCGACACGUAAAGGACGACUCAACAUGUCUCAGCUUCGCCAGUAAAGCCCUCGCUAUCUGCACCGAUCGAAUAACCAAAAGCCAAACAAGGUACAGGCAACGACAGUACGGGAGUUGGCUGAUAUUGAGACGGAGCACACGAAGUGCAUUGCUUCUUCUUGCUGCCAAUCUCACCCCUGGAUUGAGACAGAUCCUACCUCCUCAAUGGAAAGGCUCCGUUUUCAUCGUCAUUGAGAUGCUUCGGUAUUGGGCAGAAGAGUUGAACGAUGCUUCACACAGGUUGACGAUAUUGGAGACGCUAUUGAGGAACAUCGAAACAAGCAGGACGACGAGUGCGAUGGAAAUAUGA